UUAAAUAUUUACAUCCUCGAAGUUUUCGUACGUUCCAUGGAAAAGUGUGGUCUGAUUUUCCAGAAGAACAUGAGAAGCCCUCAGACGACACGGGUGGGUGUGAAACAGGUGAAGCAGGAGUCAUCGGAAGAGUGGGAUGAAAGCAUGCCUCUGCCCGGGGACGUCAUUGAAGGAAUUGCUAAGGAUGAUUCUGAGGAGUUGUUUGUGCCGGCCACGGCCAAGUCAGAGCUCAGGUCACAGCUUGGUAAGAUUAAACAGCAGGGGGACGUGAUAUGGGUGAAGGUUAGAAGGGGUGACAGGGCAGUAAAGCUCCGGGCACGUAUCGUGCAAGAGAAGUUCUCAGUGCUCCAUAAGAAGUUCACCAUUAGAGCGGCUGAAGAUGACAGGCAUGUUGCGGUUUUAGGGGACUUGACCUUGGAACAAUGCACGGAAUUGCAAGAAAUGAGCAGAAGGGUCGUAAAUGUGGACUGUUGGGGAUUUAACAAAAGGGGAGUUAAGUACAAUUGGAAGAUGAAAGUGGGAACAUACCUGCCAGACCAAAAUGCUUCAAUUGUUAGCUCCAUACUAUUCAUGCCCCUGCAAUUCGAGCACUGCAUCGAGGCCACUACAGUCAGAUGCAUGGCCUGGUUUUCUGCAGCAGUUUCCUCUGGGGCUCCUCUGGUCUUUGUUAAUAUCCAAACAGAACAGACACUCAGCUCGGAGAAAAUUAAUUCCACAGGGAGAGAAAUAAGUCGGUGUAGGCAACAAAACAAUACAAACGUCCAAAGAGUUCAAGGUAUAAGACUAUGGUUUCUACCUGGAGUUGCUGAAGUUUCACUUGAAUUGGUUCCUCAACAAGGGGAAAUGCGGUUCGGAAUGGAAAUUAAACCAACAGAAGAGGGCUUUAUCUAUGUUUACUCGGUAACAAACGGUUUAGCUGCUGACCGCGCUGGGCUUGGGCACCUACGUGAAGAAGCAAUAGCAACAGGAUACCUUGUCGUGAUCUCUCGAUUAGAAGGCAAAAGUAUUAUGCCUUCAAACGCAUGCUCUGAUGGGCUUAUACAUUGUUGUGAUCACAAUGAAAUUAGGGACACCCUCACUUCAGCAAUCGCCCAAAUGGAUAUAAUUCAACUUCACAUUAUGGCUUGGCCUCAUCAAACAUGUCCCACUAGUGCUGCACAAUCCAUGGCUGCUGCAAAACUCCGUCCUCCAAAAGAGUGUCAAAUUUGAGAACUGUUCGCACCAAUAAAUUCCUUGGCCUCCCAAAAUCAAUAUCCCCAUAAAUGUCUUGUUAUUCUCCGACUUUUUUGAUCACAUCAGAUUAAGCAUCUCUAAUCCAUUUCAAGUCCAAUAUAGGAGAGCAAUGCUUAACCUUCACACAAAAAACACCAUAUGUGUGUUUGAUAAACCUUUUUAGCAUGUAUUUCUUUUUGUGUUUUAGUUGAAAAAGUGUUUUGAAGUGAUGUAAAAGUGAAAUGAGUUUUGAGUUU